AAAGGUGUUCAGGGUAGCUGUUCCGGGUAGGUUUUACUUUUUCUCAUAGGCUUGACAGCAUCAAGAAAAACAAUUUAUUUUAGUCAAUUUUUUUUCUCUCUCUCUUAACUGAUUUUUUUUUUUUUAAGCAAACUUCAGACCCAGACACACAGGACUCAGCGGUAUAUUCCUGGAAGGCAAGGUGCUGCAAUGGCGCCCACCAUCUCUUUUGUAAUCUGUGUGUUAUUCAUAACAGACACCGUAUGGACUCGAAGUGUGAGACAGGUCUAUGAGGUUCAAGAUCCAGAGGACUGGACUAUGCUUGACUUCGAUUGUCCCAUGGAGUGUUUCUGUCCCCCAAGUUUUCCUACUGCUUUAUAUUGUGAAAAUCGAGGGCUCAAAGAAAUUCCUGCUAUUCCUUCAAGAAUCUGGUAUCUUUAUCUUGAAAACAACCAGAUAGAAACGAUUCCUGAAAAGCCAUUCGAGAAUGCCACUCAACUGAGAUGGAUAAAUCUAAACAAGAACAAAAUCACCAACUAUGGAAUUGAAAAAGGAGCACUAAGCCAGUUGAAGAAGCUGCUUUUCUUAUUUCUGGAAGAUAAUGAGCUAGAAGAAGUACCUUCUCCAUUGCCAAGAAGUUUAGAACAACUACAAUUAGCUAGAAAUAAGGUGUCCAGAAUUCCUCAGGGGACCUUCAGCAAUCUGGAAAACCUGACCCUCCUUGAUCUACAACACAAUAAAUUAGUAGACAAUGCCUUUCAGAGAGACACCUUUAAAGGACUCAAAAACCUCAUGCAGCUAAAUAUGGCCAAGAAUGCUCUGAGAAACAUGCCUCCAAGAUUACCAGCCAACACGAUGCAACUUUUUCUAGACAACAAUUCCAUUGAGGGAAUACCAGAAAAUUACUUUAAUGUGAUUCCUAAAGUAGCCUUUCUGAGACUAAAUCAUAACAAAAUAUCAGAUGCAGGUAUCCCAUCAAAAGGUUUUGAUGUGUCAUCCAUUCUAGAUCUUCAAUUGUCUCAUAAUCAACUCACCAAAGUUCCCCGAAUCAGCUCUCAACUCCAGCACCUUCACCUCGAUCAUAACAAAAUCAAAAGUGUGAACGUCUCCGUAAUAUGUCCCACAACAUCCGCACUGUCUGCUGAACAAGAUUCCUUUGGUUAUGGACCUCAUCUUCGCUACCUUCGUCUGGAUGGAAAUGACAUCAAACCACCAAUCCCAAUGGAUUUAAUGAACUGCUUCCGGCUUCUUCAGGCCGUCAUUAUUUAAACACAUCUGUAUCAGAUCUAAAAUUGGUUUAAUGAAUUAAUGUAUCUGACAUGAAAUUUGGCUACCAUUCAUAUGCUUAGUGCAAAAGUCACAUUUCCAAUUGUUCUUGGCCAGCAAUUUCAUUUGUGCAGCUGAUUGUUUUUAUUCAGAGAUGCUUUUGCCAAUGACACGUAGCACAGCCUGUAUUAAUUUGCUUUUCUUUUAAUUAAUAAAACAGACACAGAGUUAAGAUAAUUUAUCAACUC